AUGGCACCAGGCCCAAUUGACGUCGUUCCCCCACGCAACCCAACACCACCAAAAGAGGACUGGCAAACCUCCAAAGAAACCUCCUUCAGACUCCCCGACGGCCGAACAAACAUAUGGAUUGCCAACUCUAGCAGUGACUACCUCGUCGGUUCUGGCGAAGCUACCCUAGCGCGAUGGUCGACCGACGGACGAGAGACCAGAACAUCCCCGCCCAUGAUCAACGAUGACAGAGCGCAAUCUGGUCCCGUCUUUGAGCUUGAGAUAUUCAAUGCUGAGGUCAAUAAUCCUCACUCGCCGUUCGCGUCCCAUGGUGAACAUGGCGAUUUGGCGUUGGCCUGGGCUUCUGUGUACGCGCUGUGGCUCCAUCCCGAGCACCGAGACGACGACUUGAUCGCCAUCUCCGUCGACAGCCAAAAGAUUGGCGACUACAUCAGAAGCACUGGUCUGGGUGUUCUAUCACCUUACUCAUCGGCAUCUACACCGCGCGAAACUGUUUACUGGCUCUCUCACGAUACCUUCUGGCAAGGCGCUGGAGCACCAGACUCGCUGCACUGGCUUCAAUCGCGACCCGAAGUGACAAACUUCCCCGGCUUCAAUGGCAUAAUGGGCGUUUUCGCAAACCAGAUGGGCUUCACCCGCAAAGGAAACGUCUGCACCGUUCAUCCCCAGCGACCGCCCAAGCCCACGCCCGGCACACUCAUUUACUCUCGCUUCAUUGUAGAGCUUGGUCAACAGCUCUCAAUCCGUCACAUCGACGCGUCUAACCCCGAGCACUUCACAGCUUACAAGACCUGGCAAAACUCGGAUCGCGUCAACAAAGCCUGGAAAGAGCGCGGCCCCGAUGAACAUCACCGCAAUUAUCUCGCUUCCCAACUCGCCGACCCGCAUACAAUGUCAUGCGUCUUCGAAUGGGAUGGACAAUUAGCGGGAUAUACCGAGAUCGGGUGGGCAUUGGAAGACAACGCUGCAUGCUUCUACCGAGCAGGCUGCAACAUUACAGUGGGCGAGCACGACCAAAACAGCCACAUCAUCGUAGGAGAGGAGCGUUUCCGCGGGGGCAAACGGUACCAAGCUGUGGCGACGUCCAUCAAGCACUGCUGUUUCCUGAGGGAUCCGCGUACUAAACAAGUUAUUGCGGAGCCUGAGUAUGAUUUGAACCACGUGCAGAUCCAGGACAGGUUUUUGCCGCAGGAAAGGAAGAAGAGGUUCCAUCUGCCGCACAAGACGGCUAUGUUGUUUGCACUGCAGCGUGAGCGAUUUUUCCAAGAGGCGCAUUUCGUUUAG